AUGGGCCGCAAUUGGGAUCAUCUCAAGCAGCGGCUGCAAGUGCCCAAAGAUCAUGACUCGUACUAUGAGAAUACCACGUGGUGCAACCGCGAUCUGAUUCCCAUGCCGCCCGAGAGACGAACUUUCGGCGUCUGGGGCUAUUUCGGAUACUGGACCGUGUCAGGAUCCUGUAUAUCCGCCUGGUCGACGGGUAGCACGCUCCUGGCCUUCGGCCUUACGCCCCCACAAGCGAUUGGCGUCGUGAUCGUAGGAGGCGUCCUCACUGGCCUCCUGGCGGUGGCCUGUGGCUGGAUGGGCGAAGUCCACCACAUCGGUUUCACCGUCGCGUCUCGGUCUUCUUGGGGCAUGCGUGGAAGUUAUUUUCCAGUCAUCCUCCGCGUCUUUGUCGCCUGCAUGUGGUUUGGUAUGCAAGCUUUUUGGGGAGGACAGGCCACAAGAGUGCUCUGGGGAGCCAUUAUUCCAGGCUUCGCGCACAUGAAGAACUAUUUCAGCGAGAGCUCGCAUCUCCUGACUAACGACUUCAUUGGCUUGUUGAUAUGGAUGAUUGUUUUUGUGCCACUCGUGCUGGUGCCACCAGAGCGCCUGCAGAUACCAUUCGCGAUCUCUUUUGUGCUCUUUGCAGGCUCUUGUUUCGGUAUACUCAUUUGGGCUGUUCACAAUGCCGGAGGACCAGGUACCAUGUUCUACGAGACUAGUACUGGCGAUGAUGUGGGCUGGGCAUUCAUGUUUGGCAUCACUGCAAUCCUAGGUGCCUGGGGUGCAGGAACCUUAGGACAAUCUGACUGGACUCGUUAUGCCAACCGCAGAUUCGCACCGACGCUUUCCCAACUGGUCGCAGCGCCAAUCACGAUUUCCGUGACUGCUACCAUCGGCAUCAUUGUCACGAGUGCGGCCCGGGAUGUACUGGGCGGCGACAUUCUUUGGAAUCCAAUUUACCUACUCGCGGAGGUACAGGAGCAUUACGACUCCAGCUCCAGGGUAAGAGCUGGCGUAUUCUUUGCGAGCAUAGGGUUGGUAAGCUCGCAGCUUGCGAUUUCCGUGGUUCUGAACUCCGUGUCUACCGGCAUGGACAUGGCAGGCCUCUGUCCAAGGUACAUCAAUAUCAUUCGCGGCAGCUACAUCAUGGCUAUUAUCGGCAUCGCCACGCAGCCAUGGCAGUUAUUGAAUACGGCGGACAAAUUUCUCAAGGUUCUUAGCGGCUUUGGAGUUUUCAUGGCUCCUGCUACUGGUAUCUUGUUAGCUGACUAUCAUGUCGUCCGCCGUGCAAAGCUGAAGCUCAACGAUUUGUAUACCAGUGACCGCGCUGCCAUCUAUUGGUUCAGUGGUGGCCUCAACUGGCGAGCGGUCGUUGCUUUUGUAGCCGGAGUUUGGCCUCUACUGCCCGGUCUGGUCGAAACUGUGAACACUACCGGCGCUUCUGUCGAAAAUGGCUGGGUCCGCCUCUAUCACCUCACAUUCAUCAUCGGCGUUGCCAUUAGCUUCGUCGUUUUCUGGGCUUGCAGCCAUUUCUUCGCACCUGAUGGGCUGGGACAGGAAACUCCCUUUUUGGGGGACGCCUUCCAUGGAGAAGCUGCGGAUAUAUCGGCCGCUCAAGACGAAAGCAGUGAAAAUGAAGGUGACGGAAAGAAGUUUGCGAAAGAGCACGUGUCUGCUUGA